AUGAAUAAGGCGGAGGAACCCGACAAAAUUGUUGGAGGUAUAAAGAUUUUAGAAAAAAAUGAUAAAUUCUACAGUAUCAUAUACAAAACAGGUGAAAUUGGACGGUUGCACAUUUUAAAUGAUCAUGUUUUUAGAUAUUACAUGUCUCCGUCUGGAAAAUUUAAUGAAUAUCCAGAACCAAACAAUCCUCAGGAUGUCGCAAAGAUAGUAAUAAAAAAUUUAGAUGAUUACGGCUAUACAGCGUUCCAGCUAUCAUUACUUAUCGAUCUUAAUACACAUUAUAUUGUACAAACAAAAGAUUUACAAAUUGUGUUUGAUAAGAUACUAGGAACUCUAAAGGUUUAUGACAUCAAAACUGACAAAGACGUGUUGCACGAAGCCACACCUUUGUCUUAUGCGGAUCGUAAAUCAGUACAAAGAAUACAUCAGAAAACUAAAGAAUAUUUUUUUGGAGGUGGAAUGCAAAAUGGAAGAUUCAGCCAUAAAGGAGAAAUUAUCAAAAUUGUAAAUUGCAAUAAUUGGGGCGAUGGCGGAGUGACAUCACCAUGUCCAUUCUAUUGGUCUUCUUUUGGAUAUGGCGUACUAAGGAACACUUGGCAACCAGGAAUAUACGACUUUGGGGUAAAAUCGAUUGAUUUCAUAGAAACAAUCCAUAAAGGAGAAGAUUUUGAUGCUUAUUUCUUUAUCAAUGCUCAUCCAAAAGAUAUUCUAAAAGACUACUAUGAGUUAACUGGACAACCGCUCCUAAUGCCGGAAUACGCAUAUUAUGAAGCACAUUUAAAUGCAUUUAAUCGUGAUUAUUGGGUUAAGGUUGCUUCAAAUGUAUCUGGCGCCAUUCUUUUUGAAGACGGAAAGUAUUAUAAAAGCUAUAAACCUAAUGAAAUUGGCAUAAAAAAAGGGAUUUUAGAGUCACUUAAUGGUGAAAAAAAUAACUACCAAUUCUCUGCUCGUGCAAUGAUAGAUAGAUAUAUAAAACAUGACAUACCCUUAGGUUGGUUCAUUCCAAAUGAUGGAUAUGGCUCUGGGUACGGCCAAACGGAUUCGUUAGACGGUGACAUUCAAAAUUUAAAAGAGUUUGUCAGCUAUGCCAUGGGAAAGGGCAUCAAAGUAGCUUUAUGGACUGAAUCCAACCUUACACCAGCCGAUCCUUUACAUCCUAAGAAAGGAGAACGUGAUUUGAACAAAGAAGUUGGUAUAGCAAAUGUGGUUGCCCUGAAAUGUGACGUAGCUUGGAUUGGCAGCGGCUAUUCGUUUGGUUUGAAUGCUAUUGAACAAGCAACUAAAAUAUUUGAAAAAGCGGCGAAGAAUAAGGCACGAAACUUGAUUAUAAUGGUUGAUGGCUGGGCUGGAACUCAGCGUUAUUCUGGUAUUUGGAGUGGUGAUCAGAAAGGAGGCGAAUGGGAAUAUAUUCGAUUCCAUAUACCGACCUACAUUGGAGCUAGCUUAUCAGGUCAACCUGUAAUCGGUUCUGAUAUGGACGGUAUUUAUGCUGGUGGAUGUAAAGAAAUUAAUAUUCGUGACUAUCAAUGGAAAACGUUUACUCCUUUGCAAUUAAACAUGGAUGGUUGGGGUAACACUCCAAAGACACCAUUUAGCUAUGACGAUGAAGCUACAAAAAUAAACAGAGCCUACUUAAAACUAAAAUCCAUGUUAUUGCCCUACAAUUAUAGUAUUGGGUAUGAGUCAAUUAAUGGCCUCCCCAUGGUCAGAGCGAUGUUUCUUGAAUUUCCCGAGGAAUUUGAAGCAUACACAAAAGAUUCUCAAUAUCAAUACAUGUGGGGCCCCAAUAUAUUGGUUUCUCCAAUUUACAACGAUGUAAAAGUUGACGGCAAUUCUAUACGAGAUGGAAUUUAUCUCCCUGAUAAAAAUCAAGUAUGGAUAGACUUUAUAACAGGAAAAAAGUAUCAAGGUGGGAAAAUAUAUAACAACAUCAUCACGCCUUUGUGGAAAAUUCCUGUUUUCAUAAAAGAUGGCUCCAUAAUUCCAAUGACAAAUCCGAAUAAUAAUCCACAUGAGGUAAAAAGGGACUUGCGAAUAUUCACUCUGUACCCAAAUGGGACUUCAAGCUUCGUUGCAUAUGAAGAUGACGGCAUAACUUCUGAUUAUUUAAAAGGUAGUUUUGCAACAACAAAAAUUUUAGCACAAGGACCGAAAUCUAACACAACUGAUGAUUUGUUAAUAACUAUUUAUAAAACUCACAACUCUUAUGAAACUAUAGUAAAAGAAAGGACUACGUUAUUACAAAUAAUGGCAUCUACGAACGUUGAAAACAUAAAGGUUGACGUAAACGGAGAACCACUAGCUUUACGAGAGGCUGAUAACUUGGAUGAUUUUAAAACUCAUCAAAACGUAUUUUAUUUUAAUAAGGAAUUCGCUCUUAACCCAUAUUUGGAAGAACAUCGGGACACAAAACAAAAAUUCCUAUUGAUAAAAAUAGAAAAGAUGGAUGUAACUAUGAGCGAAAUUAAAAUCAAACUAAAAAAAUUCGUAAAUACCGGGGAAGUAUUUGGUAACCUCAAACUUGAUAAGCACAUAAAAAUCCCAAGUAAAUUUAACGUCAAUGAGGAAAAAAGUACAUGUUCUUCCAUUACUCUAGAUUGGAAUGAAACGGGUGCUAAUUUCUACGAAAUAGAAAGAGAUGGUGUUAUUUUCAGCAAUAUAAUAGGCAACACAAUAACAUUUAAAGAUUUUGUAAGUGAAAGUAAACAUGAUUUUAGAAUUCGAUCUGUUUUGGGUACUUUUGUAUCAGAAUGGAGUUCUGUUUUAUCGGGAUUCGUAUUGAAAGGUCCUCUUGAGAAUAAUAUCAUAAAAAAUAUUAUAGUUAAAUGCAACUUUCCUUGUCAACCGUGUCAAGAGGUAUCGAAUCUUACUGAAAGAAAUAAAUUAAUUUGGCACACAAAUUGGGGUUCUUCAGGCAAAGCCAAUCCGCGAGAUAAGAAAUAUAUUCAUUUAAAAUUUGAUUUAGGAGCUAUCCACGAAGUAGAUCGAGCUAUUUACUUACCUUGCGAUGACGUUGGCAACGGUACGAUACUAAAACUAAAGUAUCGAAGUUCUAUAGAUGGCACCAAGUGGACUUCUUUAUCUCAUAUUAUUGAAUUCGAAGCAAAUAAUUCCAGUAAGGUUAUUGUUUUUAAUGGAAUAAAAAUGCGAUUUCUAGAUUUAAUCGUAUUAAAAAGUAUCGGCAACUUUGGAUCGGGAAAACAGAUGAUGUUUUUAAAAAAA